CUUUAAUUGCAUGUGAAUCUCAAGGAGCAAUUUUGACUGAAAUUCGCCACAAGAUGCGGCCGCCCAAGUAUUUGAAUCACCUUGAUGCCCUGCCGACUGGUUGACCUUAAGCGCUUCCCAUUAUUAACUACCUUUCGUCUCAUCCUCCCGCUAUAACUGUGAAGCAACACCAAUCAAUAUUCAGAGGUCUUGAACAAAAGUAACGCCAUGUCCAAUGUCAACAAAAGACGAUCUGGAAAGAUGUCGCCUAAGUCCUCCAGCAAUGAUGAUUUCGUGGAAUACUUCAAAAAUCUGAGACUUGAAACGGAGAACUGGCAAAAUUCUCGAAUAUCCGGUAGCCGCACCACAAAAGAAAAGGCAUCAAGAGCCAUAUCCGCAUGCCUGGAUGGUGCCGCCAAAUCCUUCCCCUCUUUUGCCCCUUCCAAAGCAAAGGCGAAGACCAAUCUCCUUCAUAUGAGAAAUGUCUUCGGCAAAAAGGGCUACGACGACCAGAAAGAGGCUAUCCUGAACCACAUAUGGCCUCUUUCGACAUUCUGCAGCAAAAUUCCACUCGCCGGUAGUCUUGGAACCAAUGCCGGCUUGGUCGCGCUAAGCUGCCUCACUGAGUGCCAAUCAUGGCUAAUGUCAGAUGGAUUUAUGCUUGAGACGAACCUGUUACGGACUUCCGAUGGUCCAACAACACGCAUCACAAAUCAUAGUGGUAUCCGUGACCAUCAGGAAAGUAACUUUGUGGAUGCUGAUAAUAUCCAUGGUGAGACUGAGGUUCAGAACGGAGAUGAAAAAGUAACCGUUCGCAAGUCGAGACCGAGGAUCCCAUCAGGAAUUACGUCAAUGCCAACUGAUGCAUCCAUUGGUCUGCUUGAAUCCAUCUCCAACGUCCUCCGCUGGACCUUUUCCAUUAUUCAUUACCCUUUUCAGUAUAUACUUGUGGUCUACCUCAGUAUAUACCUAACUGGAUGGGCCAUUUCGUGUUUAGAUUACAGAUUUAGAGAGGUGGUCUGCAAUCAACGACAACUGGCUUUUGUGUUCGGAGAAUACUGCAUUCCCAAUGAAGGCCCUGAACCACAGGUGAUUGGCUUCUCCAAAACAGCGGAGGCGCAAGGGCAACUCGGUAUAGUUGCCACCUACGCAGGAGAAGGUGCAGGCCUAGCGCUCUGUAUGAAGAGCAACGAGCAUGCUCUGAGGGACCUCACAGCGAGAGCGAGGACUAGUAAUUUGGAUAACAAAGAGAUCAUGUCACACCAGCUGGAAUUGCUUUUAAGCAAAACAAAGCCCUUGCCCAGGAAGCUCUCCCAACUCAGCGCACAAGUCAGCUCAGUACUCGAUGUUAUCAUUGCUAGUGAUUACUAUGCAAUAAAGAGACUUGGCUCCAUCCAAGCUUCGCGUAACUCAAUUCUCCUAACGACGCUUGCUGUGGUCGAUCCAUUAUGUGUUUUCCACAAUGGAACCAUGCUCGCUGCGGACGAGGCUGAUUUGAAGAAAACAUUCAUUGCUGUAACUAGCUCUACUGUUAAGAGCCUUCCUCGUCUCAUCACCCAUACUGAGUCUCUGGCCCAAGACCUCGGACAGGUGGAAAACACUCUCCUAUCAAUAAAAGACCUUGUCAAGGAAGAAAAUUGCACUGGCAAGGGGCAGGUCCCGUCGGAGCUGCAAAGCUUCCCCCUCGUCAGGUUAUGGAACAAAGUGAGAGGUGAAGAGGGCCGGGUUAUGGAAGCAUUCAGGAACCAUUCGACUCUCCUCGGUGAUAUUACCCAGUAUUAUGAGCACGCUCUGAGUGUUGUGAAGCUUGUUUUGGUCACCUUAUACCAGAUCCAAUACGAUAUGGAGGGAUUUAGGGACUUACAUGCUCACCAAGCAUUUUGGAUUGAUGAUACGCCACUUGAAGUCCAUAUGAAUAUCCUUCGAAUGGCGGUGACGAGGCUGAACGAGGAAAGGUGGACAUUGGAUGCAAGCGGCACGAGAGAGAUCGAAUUCGCCGGAUAG